UGCAGCAUUUCAGUGAUUGUCAUCGAGGUGCCUAUCGAUAGCUGCCAGGGAUGUCGAACUCUGCCGCAGAACGGAUGUAGAGGCGGAUGUGGACAUCCGCAAAAAGUGUACAAUUUGAGAAUUACCAAAGAACUGCAGCGAUGAACAAGAAGAAAAGCAAUGUGUGGCAGUACUUCUACAAGACAUCCGGUACAGUGGCCACCUGUCUCCUGUGCAACAGGAACUACUCGAGGAGAGGACGCGGCACAACCUGUCUGCGGAAUCACCUGAAGAGCAAGCACCCACCAGAGUUCCUAUCGCUAUCCGGGGACAUAAAGUACCUGGACAUGGUGAAGAGCGAGAUCUCCAUCGGCUCGCCACAGCAUCCCACAGCUCAGCUGGAAUUACAUCUUCAUGAAACAGAUUCAGAUCCAUUGGACACCGAGGACAAUUCCUACAAUAAACGCUGUGAUGAGAAGUUGGCCCUCAUGCUUUUGAAUCACUCCUUUGAGUUUAUUGAAGGACCAGGAUUUGUCAAUUUUAUUAGGGCGCUGCAGCCAAGGUACACGAUUCAGCCAAGGAGCUACUAUGAGAAAAUACUGUGUGAGGACAUACACAGGAAAAUGCAUCUUCAUUUAAAGCAACAGGUGGAUCUGCUGGAUGCCAUAUCGUUGUCAACGAGUCUCUGGCGUGGUGACAAGGGAGAAGGACUGCUGAGCUUGUCCUGCUCCGGAAUAUCAAGAGAUUUCCAGACUCACCGCCUUCUGCUGAAAUGCGAGGCAUUGAAUUAUGAAAGCACUUCCAAGCUUGCAUGUUGGACUCGGGAUCUAAUACCCAGUUUGGCCACUGAGGUGCCCAAAGAAAAGAUUCAUUGCAUCAUCAGGGACGAGAUGACGGCUCUGCCAGGUUCCCUACCUGAUUGCAAUGUGCAUCGCCUGCAGAUGUGCGUUAGAUUUGCAUUGCAAUCGAACGAAUUACUGCAGAAUCUUUCGUCCAAGUGCAAGCAAAUAGUUGACCAUUUUGCUUCGUCUAAGAUGGCCAACGAUCAUCUGAAAUUCAUUCAAGAGAUCCGCUUGACGCGAGACCCGUGCACACUCGUGCCCUACGAUCCCUUCCAAUGGAACUCUGCUUUUCAGAUGAUGAGCAGCGUGUUUCGAAUGAAAGAUGCUCUAUGUCUGUACUGCGAAGAGUAUAGUCUGGUCCAAAUAUAUCCCGAUGAAUGGAUAGAGAUUGAUUUGUGCAGCAAAGUAAUGCAGCCGUGUGAAGAAACAAUUAAGAUAUGGAGCAAUCCGUCUACGACAACAUCAUCCGUAAUCCCUCUGGUUGCCGCUUUGCGGGAUUCUCUCCGAACGGAUGUCCAUAACUUUGUUUCCUCUGUGACUAUAUGCAGUUUCGCCAGAAAGUUGCUUGAGGAACUGGAAAUGAAGUUCUCCCACAUUACCAGCGACAUCAAAUUUUUGAUGGCCACCUAUUUCGAUCCAAGGUAUAAGCAAGCAUUUUUUACCGAACGUGAGGAGCAGUUGGUGGCCAAUGAAGUUUUGCUUCAGCUCGCUGGAGUUCCAGAGGAUUGCAAUGGUCAGCCACCGCUGAAAAUAAUCAAAGUGUCAUCAACAUCCUCCCAGAGGAAUGAAUCAAAGAUCGAUAGCAUUCUGGAUAGUAUAUUGACAACUGGAACGACGAAUACUCAACAGCCGAAUACGUCAAUGGGCUCCCAGUCUCAGAUUAAGAAUCUAUUAUAUUUGUACAACUCCGAGCCUAGAAUCGAUAGGAACAUGGAUCCCUUGAUGUGGUGGAGGAACAACAUAAAAUAUUGUUCCUUGUAUGGCCUUGUUAGGAAAUUUCUAUCAGCACCAGCAGCAAGUGUGGUUAGUGAAACCCUAUUUAGGAAAUCGGCACAUUUGUAUUUCGACAUGAAAGCGGGCUUGAACCCUGAAAGUGCAUCAAAAAUCUUGCUUAUAAAGUCGAAUUUCAGCUUUAGUAAUUCGGACAUCAUUUGA